AUGGGCGGUGAAGAGGGGGAUGCUUCGAAAGAGGUAAAGGAAACGGAGACAGCUGCAACACACACGUUUUCAGUAAAUGCUGCGCCUUUUGAACCUGGGGCAAAUACGUCGUCUUUUAUACCAGAGAAAUGGCAAGAACCGCCGUCUGUAGCACAACCUCAGGCUUUAGCUAUGGGGUCGAGUGCACCAUGGGCUUAUUCAGCGCCGUAUUACGACAUGAUGCUUCUAACUGCUAAUAUGAGGGCUGUGGCACAAAUGAACGCCCUUAUUUCAACUGGGAUAAGACGUUACAGUGGUACACCAAUUGUGCGAGCAUCAAGCCCUACUAAACGAAAUAUGAAUACAUCCGAAGGUGCGAAAGGAACAGACCGAGGUAGUCUUUCAAUUCAUGCCAAACCAUGGUCUCCAACACCUGAGUCAGGACUUAAUCAAGAAGAGGGUGAUACGUACAUACAGCUUGAGAAGGGUUGGAUAAAAGUGCCCUAUCGCGGCAAGAUGGUUGUCGCGCCUGUAGCAUUCAAGGAAAUGAGUAGUCUCUUCGUUCACUCUCUCACCGUGAGGCCUAUUGAGAAACCUAGAAUUCACUUGGGACUCUUUAACUAUCUUUGUGCGCGGUGUGCGACGCGAUCGUUUUUUGGGAGGCUCUCUUGCAGAGGAGCGGAUGUGAUUUUGAAAGGUGUUGCAGGAGAUAUUCCACCGUUGCGGAUAGCCCAUUUGAUUGAACAAGUUACGGGGGAUGUUGUUUGUGCACUUUUCACUGAAGGCGACCAUUUUGAGUACGAAUUGUGGCUGGAGAAGCCUGAAAAUGCAGCCCAUCUUGUUAGCACUGUUUCUGGGGCCCUCUGGACAUGUCCAAUGUUUCAUGGAUAUGCUGUACAUACUAAAACAGAGGAUGAGAAAACUUUCUUGCGUGAAUACAUUGCGAGUCUUAAAGAGGGUUUUCCAGAGCCAACACCAUACCCCAUGUGCUGCGUGGAAGCCAUUGCAUCAACAACUGCGAAUGAAAAGGUUAAAUAG